UGUUGUCAGUUCUUGUCAAAUUCACAAAUUCUCAAACUGUUAAGCUAUUGAAAAUUGAGUACGGACAGUUUUUAUUUAAUUCGGCUUUUUAAAUCCUAAAAACGCUGAAAAAAUUCAAGAUGAUUCCCAAUGAGAUCUUUGCCGAAGACUUGAUGAGUACUGUUAUAAGAUAUGGAUUAUAUAUCGGCGCAGCUUUUCAAUUUGCAUGCUUGCUAGCUUGCGUGACUCUUACUGAUGAACAAAGCGAUUCUCAUCCUUACGAAAAGGCAUAUACUGACAGUGAUGAAUGCAGUUCUGAACAAUCUUCACCUGGGCAUCGAGCCACCGUCUCGCGUGCUCGACGUCACGACAAGAAGAAACGCCGUUAAAAAAAAAUAAUGUAGAAGUAAAUAUGACUGUUUUUAAUGAAUACUCUUGUCUGUUAGCAUUUAUUAUAUAAUAUUUCCACAAUACUCUUUGAAUUAAUAAAAUGAAUCCAUUGUAACUUUAAUAUAUAGGAUUAAUUUAUUUCUAAGAAAAAAAAACCAUUCCAAUUUUUACAAUGUAAUAGUUUCAUUCUCAUUUAUUAAAUUACAUUUAAAGUAGUAUUCAAUUGAUUGUUAGGUAAUUACUCCAAGAUUUUAAAAAUAAUCUAUCUUUAACUAAUAACUUUGUUAUGAAGCGCUUAGAGAAAAGUGUUUGGCCAUGCUCUCCUCAGCGGAUGCACUGCCCACCCAGAUGUUAUAUUUUAUAGUUUGAUCUAUUUCGCCUGUAAUUUUUUUUUGUAUGUAUGACCUACGUUUGUGUCACUGUGUUAACAGAAUAUGUUUUGUGGAUUGAUUUUUCUCGAUAAGUAUAUAGAUUUAACUCAAUAAUUUCAAGUUAUAAAACCUAGAAGGUUAAUUAUGAUUAUGUUACAUAAUGUAAAACUGAUUAUUAUGUAAACAAAUAAGAUAUUCCAAAUGUAUUGUAAAAUUGUCUUAAUCAUUUUUGAUAUUUUAAUGUAAUCGUUGAAAUGAUUUGCUGGAAUUCAAUAUCCUUUAGUAACAUCAUUGUAAUGUUAUCAGCAUAUCAUAGAUUUACUUUUAUGAAUCCAGUUUUUCUUAAAAAUAAUUGUAAUGAUCUCACUUUAUAUUCUCUGUAUUUUAAUGUACUUUAAGGUUUAAAUAAAGAUACAUUGAAUCUC